AAAAUCCAUCCUGACAUGUUGGUGCACAUUUAAUUAUGAGAGAAAAAAGAAGAAAAGUUUGAAAACAAGAGCGGUUGUAUGACUUGAAACAUGCAGGAGUUUGUUAUGUCAUUUAAAAAAAAAAAAAGAGCAGAACCACCCAAAUCAUUUAAUCACAACAACCCCCCCCACUUCUUCCAGGCCCACGCCCUCUGGCUGCUGUUCAGCCCAUCGCUCUGCAGAAGCUCAGAGCUGUUCAGGCAUCACUGCAGGAGGAGAUCAUCUGAAAUGCAUUAAAAACCCCUCCGGAGAAGAAGGAUCCUCUGUAAUCCAGCUCCACGGAGGGCUCCCAUUCGCUGCCGGAGGUACACCCAGACUGCAGCUGCUCCUCUAAAACUACCUUUUUUUUUCUUUCCCUGUGUGUUUUUGAGUUUUCCAGACUUCAGAGGAGAAAACUGGAGAGGAAGAGACCAGGGAUUACUCAACAGCUGGGAGCUAAAGGCCGCCGGCGUGGGAACGACUUUCAAGGAGAGGCUUCCAGGUCCAGGCGUAUCGUUCCUCCUGCUGUGUACAGAAGAGGCCUCAAGGACAACCGCUAAGAAAUGUCACGCUGGGGGCGUAAGAAUGUGAAGAAGGCGCCGGAGGUGAUCCGCACCGUGACGGAGGGGCUGAAGUCUUUGUACCGUAAGAAGCUGCUGCCUCUGGAGCAGUUUUACAGUUUCCACGACUUCCACUCCCCCAGUCUGGAGGAUGCAGAUUUUGACAACAAACCCAUGGUUCUGGUUGUGGGACAGUACUCCACCGGAAAGACCACCUUCAUCAAGUAUUUGCUGGAGCAGGAAAUCCCCGGGAGCAGGAUCGGUCCCGAGCCCACCACGGACUGCUUCACCGCCAUCAUGCACGGGGACGUGGAGGGGGUCAUUCCAGGGAACGCCCUGAUCGUAGACCCCAACAAGCCGUUCCGCAAACUCAACCCGUUCGGAAACACCUUCCUCAACAGAUUCCAGUGUGCCCAGAUGCAGAACCAGGUCCUGGAGAGCAUCAGCAUCAUCGACACGCCGGGGAUCCUGUCCGGAGCCAAGCAGAGAGUGAGCCGAGGUGAGCGGGGUGACAAAGGCUACGACUUCCCGGCGGUUCUGCGCUGGUUUGCGGAGCGAGUGGACCGGAUCAUCCUGCUGUUCGACGCCCACAAGCUGGAGAUUUCUGACGAGUUCUCCGAGGCCAUCGGGGCCCUGAAGGGCAACGAGGACAAGCUGCGAGUGGUCCUCAACAAGGCAGAUAUGGUGGGCACCCAGCAGCUGAUGAGGGUCUACGGUGCCCUGAUGUGGUCCCUGGGGAAGGUGUUCGGCACCCCCGAGGUCCUGCGCGUGUACAUCGGCUCCUUCUGGUCGGAGCCGCUGAUGGUCACGGACAACCGCAAGCUGUUCGAGCUGGAGGAGGAGGACCUGUUCGCCGACAUCCAGAACCUCCCACGCAACGCAGCUUUACGGAAACUCAACGACCUGGUGAAAAGGGCACGCCUGGUCAGGGUUCAUGCCCACAUCAUCAGCUACCUGAAGCAGGAGAUGCGAUCAGUCUUCAGGAAGGACAACAAGAAGAAGAACCUGAUCUACCAGCUGCCGGUGAUUUUCUCCAAGAUUCAGCUGCAGCACAACAUCUCUCCUGGAGAUUUCCCCGACUGCACCAAGAUGCAGGAACAACUGAUGGCUCACGAUUUCUCCAAGUUUAAGACAUUAAAGCCGAACCUGAUGGCCGCCCUGGACGAGCUGCUCGCCUCCGACAUCGCCAAGCUGAUGCCCCUCCUGCGGCAGGAGGAGCUGGAGGCCGGGGACCAGCCCGGCGUUCAGGGCGGCGCCUUCCUGGGGACCCGGGCCGGACCCUUCAUGGAGGGCGACCCCUUCGCCGUGGAGAACGGGGAGCCGUGCGAGGAGGAGGAGGACUGGGUGGUGACCAAAGACAAGCCCAAAUACGACGAAAUCUUCUACAACCUCGCCCCCAACGAGGGGAAGCUGAGCGGCACCAAGGCCAAGGACUGGAUGGUGAGCUCCCGCCUGCCCAACUCCGUCCUGGGCCGCAUCUGGAAGCUGUCCGACGUGGACCGCGACGGCAUGCUGGACGACGAGGAGUUCGCCCUGGCCAGCCACCUGAUUGAGGUGAAGCUGGAGGGGCACGGCCUGCCGCCCGAGCUGCCUAGUCGCCUGGUCCCACCCUCCAAACGCCGGCAGAAGGGCUCGGAUGCGUAAGGAACAGCUCGCCUCCUGACCCACUUCAUGCUACUGUCUGUUUUUGCUUUCAUCCUCUCAGCCUACACAAACACGUCACACGGUAAAGUCCAGACUCAUUCCUUGUUCCUUCAAAGGAGUCGGCACAAAAAUGACCAUGACUCAGCGAAUUUUACAAAUACUAGUCUAAACUGGUAGCACUCAACUCAAACCAUUUGGGUCUGGGGACCCCUUACAAGGGCAAAACAAUUCCAGGGACCCCCUCAUAAACCCUGUGCUGUUGUAAAAGAUAAUUUACGCUCAUUUCAACCCCUAAAUGCCAUGGGAAUAUAUAUAUUUUAUUUAGUUUGUUAUGUUUGUUUUAUUAUUUCAUUGUUCCCUACGCAUUUUUUAAAAUAAAAACCAAAGUAAGAAGUUAGUGAAAUUUUUGGGGACCCCCAAAAUACCUCUCAUGGACCCCAGUUUGAGAACCUCUGCUCUAAGGCUCUAAGGGUCUGCAACCUUUACUAAUAAAAUGUGUCCCGAGUUGAAAAAAGGGGCACAACUGUGAUCAUCAACAGGUGGUCCGUGGGCCAUUUCGAGUCUGUUGAAUGGGGCUGGUGGGUGCAAUAUUAUAAAACUAAAAAAAGGGCGAAAUUUAAUGUUUAUUAUUAUUUUUACACUUCAGGAGAAAAAUAUAUUAUUCAUGUAAAGAAUAGUUUAUACUAGAUUUACUAAAAACUACAACUUUUAAACAAAAUUCUUAUUAUGUAGUCUAAGCAAACUCUUACUCUUAAAGGGUUUUAAAGCUGAACCUGAUGGAUUUGAGAGCAGAGGUCUGUUAAGUACUUGAAAAAAAACUAAGUAAAAGUAAAAUUGCAUGAACAGAA